UCCUCCCAUUUGAGUUUAUCUUUUCCUUUUAUUCAUUUACUGCUUCACUCAAUGCAGCUAAACUUCAGUGUUGACAUCUGGGAUAAAGACAUCAGAUCUUCAGACUCAUUUGAGCAGAACUAAAAGAGGAACUCGCUCAACAAUAGCUGGAGAACUUUAAAACAGGUGACAUCUGAUGACCGUAAGAAUCGAGAAAUGACCUUAAAACCUACUGGCUAAUGCUCAACAUGAGGUCCAGAAUGAAAAAGGUUUUGUGGAGUGGCGUUUUGCUCCUGUUUCUCUGGACAUUUGUAAACGGACAAGCGUCCUGUCCUGUAGAGACGACGAGAACAGCGCUCCAAACUCCAGAUGAAAUACCAACCAAGCUGACCUUCAACAGUGCCUUUAUGUCUCCAAUGGUACAUUCAUUCCUGGGCUCUGUCCAGUCCAAUCCAUUCCCUAAAGAUAUACUCAUUGGAAUCACAAAAGGUUACGACACAGAGACGGUUAAAGAGGUUUUGCAAUAUCAGACAGGAUUCUUGGUCUGCGUGGCCAUUGGGAUCCUGUACAUUGUCCUGAUGCCUCUAAUUGGCCUGUUCUUUGCCUGCUGUCGUUGCUGUGGUAACUGCGGGGGCCGCAUGCAGCAGAAGAAAACAACAAACAUCCACUGCAAGCGAAGAAGCUUUUACUUGUGCACAUUUCUCAUCACUGUACUAAUUAUGGCAGGGAACAUCUGCAUGUUCCUGAGCAGUACAAACACUUCAGAGACUUUGAUGCGCAGCCCCACAGAACUCACCGACAUCUUGGAGAAUGUCAAAGGCUAUCUUAACUCCAUUCCUCAGCAAAUCCAACAAGUGACGAAUGAGAGCCGUGUGACUGUGGAUACGGUCAAAAACAACUUAGUUGAAACAGGGCCUUUGCUUGGCAAACUGAUCCAGAAUGGUCUUAAGGGCCACCUUGACCCAGCCUUAAACUCCACUACUGAAAUAGGCCAAGUGAUAAACAGCACCAGCGAUGGACUGCUGCAGCUUAAUAAAACCUUGGAGCUGCUGAAACCGAAGGCGGCCGCGCUGCAAGCUAAUUUAUCCGCAGUGAGGCAGAGGAUUAACAACACUUUGCGUAUGUCAGACUGUGUAAACUGCGCUGCCCUUCAGCCAGAACUGGAUAAACUAUCACUGGAUGGAAGCCUUGAAUUUCCUGAUCAAAAGGACCUGAGGUCUGCUGUAGACAAGGCUAUAAAUGCUGAUGUCACUGGACAGGCGAACAAGGGGAGAGACUUUUUUGGCAGUAUACCAGGAAAGGUGAAAAAUGAGACCAGACUAAGUGUGCAGGAUGCUCUAUUGAAGCUUGAAAAUUUAAAAACCCGGAUCUUAAGUGUGACUAAAGACCUUCCUCUUGAUGUGUUCAACACUACCUCAGCAUCACUAACGGACAUGCAGAAAUCGAUCAAAGGUUUUUCUCCUUAUAUAGAUCGAUCAAGCCAAAUCAGCCGGGAUGUUGGAUUGGUCAUGAGCUGUCUGAUUUUGCUGGUGGUGAUCUGUAACUUUCUGGGUCUGCUGCUGGGCAUAGCUGGACUAAAUCCUAAAGACAGUCCCACUGAACGUUCAGGCACAUCCAACUGUGGAGGAAUAUUUUUCAUGGCAGGGGUAGGCUUCAGCUUCUUGAUCUCCUGGAUCUUCAUGUUUGUGGUGUUGGUACUUUUCAUAGUGGGAGGAAAUAGCUAUACCCUGGUCUGUAGACCGUGGCAAAACAAGGAAUUCUUCCAGCUCAUUGACACUCCAGGGAUGAUCCCAGAUUUCAACCUGUCCAGCGCUCUGAAUCUGAAUACAAACCUGAAGAUUUUUAAUGUGUACAGUGACUGUCAAAAUAAUAAGCCCUUGUGGAUCACAUUUCAUCUGAAUGAGAUCUUCGACCUAAAUAGUAAAUUAAAUGUUUCAGAGUACACUCACGAGAUUUAUCGGUCCUUUGAGGGGGCAAAAAUUAACAUAGCAAACAUAACCAUCCUCAGUCCAGAGGUAAAGUCCCAGCUAAACAACUUCGCCAGCAGUGCCAGCAGUAUGAACUUCAGCAACAUCAUACAGCAGAUUAAUGAUGUGUCAGCGACUAAUCUGAGUUUAGUAGCAGAAAGUCUGGAUAUCUUGGCUGGCAAACAGAGUAAUCAAACUAUAAAAAACCAACUGCAUGAGGAAGCAAAAGAUCUGCGAGACAUCCAGACUGAGAUGACGUCAAACAUUAUACCUUUGCUGAUGGAACUGAACACCACCGUUAAGAACCUCAGUGCAGUAGCGUCUCAAAUAACUUCAGCUGUGGAGAAUGUUCUCAGAAAAGUUGGCUCUGCCCAGGACGUCCUGAACUACAACAUAUCACAAAUUGUGAAAGCUGAAAGCAGGGCAUUCAUAGACUGUCAGCUGGAAAUCUUUCUGGCAUUUGUUCACUGGGCAAAUCAAACGAUCACAGAGAAGGUGGGUCGUUGUGGGCCUGCAGCUGCAGCAGUAGACAGAACAGAGGAGCUCUUCUGUAAACACUUGGUGGAGUCUUUGAACGCCUUUUGGUUGAGUUUGGGCUGGUGUAUGAUGUUCCUGAUCCCCAGCAUCAUUUUCUCAGUUAAACUGGCCAAGUACUACCGCAGGAUGAAGUAUUUAGAUGCUUAUGAGUAAAUGUUCUUAUUUGUUUUCUAAAUGCAGAAGCGGAUCAUGGAAAAGUCUACUGUUUACCUACUGACAUGGGUUACCUUCUGAUUUCUCUCUUUAAAGGAACAAUAACUUCAUGAUGAAUCCUUUCCCAAAGGACCACCUCAAACCUGAAUUAUUGGAAAAUGAAAAGCAACCUCCUUUUACAUAUUUACAUAAUUAAAAUUGAUCGUUAAGUUUAAUUUUUACACAUUGAACCACAUCUCAGUAAAUGGACAAGUAGGCACUGAUUGUAGGAAAAAUAAUGCCAAGGUAGCUUCUGAGUACUUUCUUCUUUAUUUUUUUGUGCCAUAGACUGUAUCAUAAAUUAACUUUGCUUUAAAUGAUUUCAGCUUUUAAUAUUUAAAUGAAAAGCACAACUUUACUGUUACAACUUUAAUGUUUUUUUAUUUUUUUAUUUAUGGCAUUAAUGGGAGUUUAGAAAGCACUUUAUAUGGUCCUGUGGGCACUGAGAUUUAUUUAUUCCAUUUUUUCAAUAAGAAAUACGGGUUUGCUGUUAUACUGUCUGCAUAUAUUUUUUUAUUUAAAAACAAGAUUUCUAUUAGAUUGCUCUAAUAAAGUAAUUCGCUCAUGAACACUGGAGACUAACUAAGAAUGACCUCUUUAUGAAGUGGUGCGGUCUGACAGGACACAGAAUCUGAGGCCUGUUAAACAUUUCUAUCUUGUGUCAUGUAUUAAUUACAAUCACAAUAAAAUAUGCUCACACUAA